AAUUCAAAUUAUUUUCAAAGUUACAGCCGUUUUAGUGUCGUGGCAACUAGACCGGGUUGAGCGGACGACUGCAACAAUAGACUACGGGCUGUCCGGGCUACCUGAGUAUGAAUAGCUUUCUUUCUUUCUUGUCAUAUACUUUUAGUUUACUAUAUCAAUAGUUUACUAUAUCAAAAACGUAUGGGAUCGCGUCUCCGGAAGGCAAAAAAAGAAAAUAGUGGAAUUGGUGGUAAGGGUGCUGGUAAAUUGACUGAUAAAGUAAUCACUCAGUUGUCUGCGUACUACAGAUUAGCUAUCCGUCUACAUCCUGAAUCCGUUGAAGAUAUGAAACGAGAAAUAUGGGCCACGUACUUGCAUAAAAUUUCAACUGAUAAGAAGCCUCAGCACAUGAAUUGCCCUUCUGGACCAGACAGCUGGUGCAAGUGGCAGAAAGCAGCGGCCGAAGGAACUGAGGAUGACUUUCACCAUGAAAAUCCACCUCUAACUGAUAAGGUUUUAAAAGUUAUGAAACCUAUUUACGAAUGCUUAUCAGAUGAUUCUUUAUUAGAACGUUGCUUGGGCAGCGAAACUCAAAAUAACAACGAGUCACUUAACUCUUUAAUAUGGACAUUUGCACCCAAACAUAUCCAUGCCGGGUCCCAGACAAUUGAGAUUGCUAAUUGUUUAGCAGUUUGCAUUUUCAAUGAAGGCUUUUAUCCUAUUUUACAAAUAAUGAGUCUAAUGGGAAUAAAAAUAGGUCUGGAAUCCCAUGAGUUUGCUGUUAGGCGCAACGCAGUAAGGAUUGAACGGUCUGAGGUUCGAGCUUCAGAUGCUUCAAAAGAGGAAAGAACUGCUCGUUAUAUAGAAAGAAAUGCUGAAAACAGUCAAAAUGAAGUAGAGAAAGGCCCAAUGUAUGAAGCUGGGAUGGCUGAUUAAGAGAAUAUGGAUACAAAGGGAGAAAUCCUUUUCACGAGGACACGGCCUUUUUUUUUUCUCUACUUCAAGGACUUA